AGAGAGGGAGCACAGAGCUGGGGGGAUUUUUGCUACUCCUCCAGAUUUGGUCAUGGGAGUAUAUCCACAUUGGCCGUCCCAUUAUAGUUGGAUAUCAUGGCAUUGAUGGACAGCCACUGCCUGAUGAGCCUCCACGUCUGCUAGGACCACAUCAUGUACGGGGCGUGGACCCUCUAGGCCGUCGGUGGCUAUAUGCUGGUUUAUCUCGCAUGUCAUCCGCUACUGGCCUCGGUGUGUACAGGGAUGCAUUGGAUCGGAUGUCAGAGGACCAGAUCACAUGGAUGCCGUAUAGACCUGAUAUGUUAGCAGAGUUGCUCCCAGCUGGACGAGAGCAUACUCACAUAUGGCGAGCACGUGUGCCGCUGAUAUGUUUUGACAUUGUUGAGCUUCAUUUGCCUGAUAGAGUCAUGCGACAGUUUGGGUUUGAGCAGGUCAUUCCACGUCCUAUCGACACUUAUGUAGAGCUGCAUAAGCUGGAUAGGCGUGGGAAGCAUACAGAGGAUUGGGCACUCAGACAUGUCCGAUACGUGACUAUGUGGGAUAGGAGAGCUGAGCUAGCCGUGGCUGGGACACCCACAUAUGUGCCAUCAGUUUCAGGAGAUUACAUGGGAUGGUACUACAGCAUCACUCGGUUGUUUGUGUCUCCUUCGUUCAGACUCCCUACUCAUCAUUAUCAGCCUAGCUCAUUGGCAUUGCAUCUUACGACCCGAGCUUUGCAGCGCAUACAUCAGCGGGCUACUGCCACUGUGACUGAUAUUCCUGAUGUGGACAUGUAUGGACAGACUCUGACAGGCAUUGCCUCGUUAUGCUCAGAUGUGUUAGGUCGAGUAGACUACGGACAUCUUAUACACAUGCCCGCAUCUCAGGAGAUGGCAUCCACGUCUAGUGCAGCCGCGGGUUCAUCAUCCCAGACGCAACAUGAGAGAGUGGUUCUUCAACCACGACAACGCCGUAGGCGUAGACAUGAGCAGCAACAUCUCCAUGACGAAGCUG